AGUUGCGCUUAUUUGAUUAAAUGCUUAAAUUAUGCGUGUAGGCAUUUUUAAAAUUGCCGUCAGUGUAGCAGUUUCCUAAAUAUGGAGCAAAACCUUUCAAAACAAACACGUCCAGUGCAUAUUGCAUAUUGGGAAUCUAAUUUGCUCUAAUUUGUUAGUUCUGACCUGAUAAAAGUAACGUUAUGUUCACUGCCUUCAUACCCUUGUCUGUAGAAUAGGUGUCAACGACAAACUGCUACGAUUUUCAAUAUAAAACCAGUGUUCUUCAUCAUACAGUGCAGCUCUUGCGAUUCCAAGUUUAUAUUUUAUUGGCGUUAGCCAGCAUAUGAAUUUAGACCGGUGCAAAUGUUGCUAGGCUAACAGCCUACUGGAGUCCCGCGGUAAGUGAUGUGGGCUCCGAUGCUGGGACUGACUGCUCUGCCUCACCUGGGGGGCAUCUGUGGAGCUUUUAUUACCCGUAAAGAGGUGAAGACCUGGUACCCCACUCUCAAUAAGCCCUCCUGGAGACCCCCAAACGCAGCGUUCCCCGUGGCGUGGGCCUUACUCUACACAGGCAUGGGGUAUGGGUCGUAUCUGGUAUGGAAGGAGCUGGGAGGGUUCAGACAGGAAGGAGCCCUCCUUCCUUUAGGUCUGUAUGGCCUGCAGCUGGCCCUGAACUGGGCCUGGACACCCAUCUUUUUUGGGGUACACAAAAUCAAAAUGGCUCUGGUUGACAUUGUCCUUCUUACUGGGACCGUGGGGGCCACCAUGGUGUCCUGGUACCCCAUAAGCCAGCCAGCCACCCUUCUCAUGACCCCUUACCUGCUGUGGCUCUGCCUGGCCACCUCUCUGAACUACCGUAUCUGGAGAGACAACCCUGAACCCAAGAGAGAUUAGAGCCUCCUGCGUGACUGCUUCUGGUGCCUUUACUGGUGUGGAGCAUACAGCAAUGGCUUAUCUGCUGAUUCCAUGUUUUUUAUACUUAUAGCAAAAUAUGAAUGACUUUGGAAUUUUAACUUGUUAAACUUUUAAAUGUGAAAAAAAAAAAAACUUUAAAUGUGAAAUAAAAGGUGAUGACUGCA